AUGGAGGAGACAUACCUACUCAAUUAUCCAGGGGUCAAGAAGAAGAUUCUUGCUGGAGGCACGGGGCCGAUGCCACACUUUCCACCUGGGACAAAGCUGGUUUUCCAUUUCCAGACGCUGCUGGACAACUUCGAGCGGACCGUCAUCGAUGACAGUCGAUGGGCUGGCAGGCCGGCUGAGAUCUUUGUCGGAAAGAUGUUCAAGAUGGAAGUCUGGGAGACCCUGCUGACAUCCAUGAGGAUUGGAGAGGUGGCUGAAUUCUGGUGUGAUGCCACACACACAGGGUUGUACGCCAUUGUGUCCAAGGGGAUGCGGAUGAUCGCUCAAGGUAAAGACCCCCUCGAGGGCCAGAAACAUAUGUGUGGCAUGGGAAACCUGUUCAACUAUCACUCCACCGGCUUCCCGGAGCUGGAUGAGCUGAUGAGAACUCCUCAACCACUGAUAUUUAUCAUGGAGCUGUUGCAGGUUGGAGACCCCAUGUCCUACCACAGAGAGUCAUGGAUGAUGGAAAAGGAUGAGAAGCUGCAGACAGUGCCAAUUCUCCACAUGCAGGGCAACGCACUGGUCAAGCAGAGACGAUUCAGAGAGGCCGCCAGCAAGUACAAAGAGGCCGUGCUGCUGCUGAAAACAGUCCAAUCCAGAGAGAUGCCGGGUGAUGUAGACUACAUUAACUUAGGUCGACUGAUUGUCCCCCUGGAGUUGAACUACUGCCAAUGUAUGUUGGAGCUGGAGGAAUAUUAUGAAGUUAUAGAGCACACCACCGAACUGCUGGAGAAACACAAAGACUGCGUGAAGGGCUACUACAAGAGAGCUAAGGCCCACUCCGCCGUGUGGAAUGAAAAGGAAGCCAGGAGAGAUUUCAACAUGGUGGCCCACCUGGAUGUCACUCUGGCGUCUCUUGUCCAUCGGGAGCUGAAGGCCCUGUCUGAACGCAUGAAGGAGAAGUACUGGGAGGAGAAGGAGCACUACUGGAACAUUGAAGAAGGCAUGGUUAAGGUUACGCCUACUGAGGGAACAGAUGACAACAAGGAAGAGAGUUCUUGUGAGAUCAAUCCAAACUCUUCUGAUAAAACAGAGGAGAAGGACUGGCAGCAGAUGCUACGACUAGUCAUGCUACUGCAGAACGAAGGAAACUUCCUCAUCAAAGAAAACCACUUUGAAGAGGCUUCUGUAAAGUUCAAGGAAGCCAUCGAGUAUGUGGACCUCCUCCAGAGUAAGGUAGAUCAACAGGGUGAGGACUGGGAGUCUCUGGAGAAAGUGCGCCUACCACUGAUACUUAACCUCAGCCAGUGCAUGUUGGAACUGAAGCAAUACCAGCAAGUGGUGGAGCUCAACAACAAGCUGCUAAAGAAGCAUAAAGGUAACUUUAAAGCGGUGUACCAGCGGUCGCGAGCGCACGCUGCUUUGUGCAACGAGGAUGAAGCUCGGAGGGACUUUGCCACAGUGGAGAAACUGGACCCAACAUUCAAACCCUUCGUCCGCCAGGAAUUGAAAAAGCUGGGUGAGAACAUCCGCAUCAUGCAUGCCCGCCAGAGCAAGACUUACAGGGAUACAACACAGGAGAAGUGGGGGCCUGGUGGAAGCAAGGCCAAGGCUGCAGCAGAAAAAGGAAGAAAGAAGAACCUCAAAUUUGCACAGAAAGCCACUGAAGCAAAAACUGAAGCAGAUAAGAAGACUGAAAGAAGUAAGACAGAGGAGAAGGAAAGCUCAGAGAAGUCUGCCCCUGCUGAGAAAGAGGGGGCGGAUGACACAGAAACAGAGAAAAAUCCAGAUGUGAAAGCAGAACAGAGUAAAAUAGACCCAGAGUGUGGGAGAACAAGUGAAGGAGGGUUAGAUAAUGAAAAUAGAGAGAGUGCUGUGGUUCAGGAGGACAGGCAGGGUGCACCAGAUAAUCGAGGAACAGAUAAAGACAGCGAUCUUGCGCCCACCAGCACAGGCAAAGAUAAUGUAGUGAGCAAGAGAUCAGCCUGUGAUAAGGGCAGAAAGAAGGUCAAAUGCCAAUCAAGUGCCGCACCGGGCUUAAGCAAAACAGGCCAAGGGAACAAAGCCACCAGUGAUAAGACAGGAAAUGGUGGCACUCAAUCAAAAUUGACCAAUAGGUUGGAAUUGUCUUGUGCAGAGCCAAAGGCUGCAGGGGAAGCUGAGGGCAUAGAGACGGAUAGACCUGAAACUGAAUAG